UGGCAGGAGGACUUCAAUAGAAAGAAAGAGAAGACGCGAACGAACGGACUAAGAAAAGGAAAAGGGAAGACUGGAAUUAUUUUGAAGGGGCCUAAGCAAACUAAUACUGCCUGCAAGAAACGGGACGGAUGUGAAUUGUUUGCGACUGAAAGCCACAUAGGAAGGGAGAGGGAUCAGUGAAGAGGAGGAGAAAGCGGACGAGAUCCAUGCCAAGAAAGAGCUCACGAUCGCGUGUGUCGGUUCCUGUUGUUGAAGUUCCCCAUUGCAAUAUGAGCAUUAGGCUACGGAGAACCCGAAGUGAGUGGGGCUCCGGAAACUGCGAUCUGUACCAGUGUUAAAAUCGCCAAUGCACUCGCCGAAUCGGAAGCCAAGCCGUUUCAAGCCUCCACCACUCAUUGCAUGAUCUCGAGAAUAUGACGGCUGCACCAGAACUAUCUGCCUUUUCCGCAACCGUGACACAUCUACGGAAACAAAACGCUAACUUCCAAGGAUAAGCUCCCGAAUCCCUGACUGUUUUAGCGAAAUGUUUUAGCCUUGGGUUUGUGGAGUCGCCGAGGCAACUUUGUCUUUCAAAUAGUGGUACACCAUUUGGAUUUGGAUGUACGCUACAGUGCAGCUGGCCACCAAGACAAAGGUUAUGGAAUUAAGAAAAAAAAUAAAAAGUGAUUAAAUUAACGGAACCAGCGAGUUCCCGUGGAUCGGACACUGUCGAAAACAACAACAAUACUGCAAUGACUGGGGGCGGUCUCGCUCCAUUUAUCUAACACGGAGGGGGGCCCUCUCUGCAUACAGGCAUAGACGGCGUACCACGCACCAGGACGUGUCGGGCCGACUACCAGCAACCUUGAAUGAAUGUCUGCAGGCGUGAGAGGCGGCUGCGGGUCCGGGGUUUGAAUUAAGAGCCAGGGGCCUGCGCUUAAGAGAUUUAGGGCCCUGGCAGAGUAAUGAGGCGAGCCUUAUGAGGGAUCUGAGGAACGGCAGGUCUUCACUAUGGCGCAAACCAGUUUGCUGCAGGGGAAACGAUUUUACUGCAGGGAGUGGGUCUUUCACAAGCUUCAGCACUGCCUGCUGGAGAAGACCAACAGCCUCGCCGCCCUGAGCAACAGUGGAGGCGCCCCUGGCGCGGCCCCACUCCCAGGCCCCGGAGCCUCGGGCAAGGGGGCAGCAGCCUGGGGCGUGCUGCUGGUUGGGGGGCCGGGCAGCGGGAAGACGGCUCUCUGCACAGAGCUCCUCUGGCCCAGCUCGCCCCAGGGGGCCCACAGGGGUCUGCACCGGCAGAGCCUGGCCUUCCACUUCUGCCGGGCGGACGACUCGGACACCCUCUGCGUCAGCGGCUUUGUCCGGGGACUGGUGGCCCAGCUGUGUCGCAGCGGGCUGGUGCCGGGCUACGAGGAGAAGGUGCGGGACCCUGCCGUGCAGAGCGCCCUGCAGCUCGGCGAGUGCGAAAGGGACCCCGCAGAGGCUUUUAAGAGGUGUGUCCUGGUUCCUCUGCUGAACCUGAAGGCCCCGUCCCAGGCCCUGUUCAUCCUGGUGGACUCCAUCGAUGAGGGCUGCCAGUGGGGCGAGGGCGAGCAGCGGGCCUCUGGCUCCUCCAGGAGCAUCGCCGAGCUGCUGGCCUCCCACCACGAAUACCUGCCUCCCUGGCUCCUCCUCGUAUGCUCCGCCCGGCGCCAGAACAAGGCCGUCACCAAGCUGUUCACAGGAUUUCGCAAGAUCAGCCUGGACGACCUGAGGAAAGCCUACAUCGUCAAGGACGUCCAACAGUACAUCCUACACCGCCUCGACCAGGAGGAGGCUCUGCGGCAGCACCUGACCAAGGAGACAGCCGAGAUGCUGAACCAGCUGCACAUCAAGAGCAGCGGUUGCUUCCUGUACCUGGAACGCGUGCUGGACGGCGUGGUAGACAGCUUCAUCAUGUUGCGCGAGAUCCGCGACAUUCCUGGCACGCUCAACGGCCUCUACCUCUGGCUCUGCCAGCGCCUCUUCGUCCGCAAGCAGUUCGCCAAGGUGCAGCCCAUCCUCAAUGCCAUCCUGGCUGCCCGCCGACCCCUCGCCGUCAAGGAGCUGUACCACGCCGUGUGGACCCGCAACAUGGGCCUCACCAUGGAGGAGUUCCAGAAGAAAAUGGACAUCCUGUCCAAGCUGCUGGUGGAGGGUCUCGGUGGCACUCGGAUCCUGUUCCACUACAGCUUUGCGGAGUGGCUGCUGGACGUGAAGCAUUGCACGCAGAAGUACCUGUGCAACGCAGCCGAGGGCCACCGCAUGAUCGCCAUGAGCUACACCUGCCGGGCCAAGGAGCUACAGCCGAGGGAGGUGCAGGAGUUCGCCCUCCACCUCAUCAGCUCCAACCUGCAGAUUGAGCCCUCCAACCUGGCGCUCUGGAUGGUGUGGAACGGCACCCCGGCUCAGGACUCCCUCAGCACCUCCAUUCCAAAGGAGCAGGAGGUGCUGCAGCUCCUGGUGAAGGCGGGGGCGCACGUUAGUGGGAGCGAGGGGGAACGGGCCUCAUGCGCCGUCCAGCAAGCCCUGGAGCGGGAGGACUCCAUCCGCACCCUGCUUGACAAUGGCGCCUCGGUCAACCAGAGUGACUCGGGAGGGCGCACCCUGCUGGCCAAUGCCGCGUACAGCGGCAACCUGGACGUGGUCAACCUGCUGGUGUCACGCCGAGCCGACCUGGAGCUGGAGGACGGACACGGGCAGACGGCGCUAACGCUAGCGGCCAGGCAGGGCCACACCAAGGUGGUGAACUGCCUCAUCGGGCGGGGCGCUGAUAUCGACCACACCGACCACGACGGCUGGACGGCCCUCCGCUCGGCGGCCUGGGGCGGGCACUCGGAGGUGGUUUCAGCGCUGCUUUACGCUGGCGCCAAGGUGGACUGCGCCGACGCGGAUAGUCGUACCGCGCUCAGGGCGGCGGCCUGGGGCGGGCACGAGGACAUCGUGCUCAACUUACUCCAGCACGGUGCUGAGGUCAACAAGGCCGACAAUGAGGGUAGGACAGCUCUCAUCGCGGCCGCCUACAUGGGCCACCGAGAGAUCGUGGAGCACCUGCUGGACCACGGCGCUGAGGUCAACCACGAGGACGUGGACGGUCGCACCGCGCUGUCGGUGGCGGCGCUCUGCGUUCCUGCCAGCAAGGGCCACGCCUCGGUGGUGAGCCUCUUGAUCGACCGGGGCGCCAAGGUGGACCACUGCGACAAGGACUGCAUGACCCCGCUCCUGGUGGCCGCCUAUGAGGGCCACGUAGACGUGGUAGACCUGCUUUUGGAGGGCGGGGCCGAUGUGGACCACACGGACAACAACGGACGCACCCCUCUCCUGGCAGCCGCCUCCAUGGGCCACGCCUCGGCAGUCAACGCCCUGCUCUUCUGGGGUGCAGCGGUGGACAGCAUCGACGGGGAGGGCAGGACGGUGCUGAGCAUCUCGUCGGCCCAGGGGAACGUGGAGGUGGUGCGCACCCUGCUGGACAGGGGGCUGGACGAGAACCAUCGAGAUGACGCCGGCUGGACUCCCUUGCACAUGGCCGCCUUUGAGGGCCACCGUCUGGUUUGCGACGCGCUCCUUGAGCAGGGCGCCCGCUGCACCGAGGUGGACAAUGACGGCUGCAUUCCACUCAUCCUCGCCGCCCAGGAGGGCCACUACGAUUGUGCCCGGAUCCUUCUGGAAAACAAGUCGAGCGUGGACCAGCGUGGUUAUGACGGGAGGAACUCGUUGCGGGUGGCGGCGCUGGAGGGUCACCGCGAUGUGGCGGAGCUUCUCCUCAGCCACGGCGCCGACCUGGACCACAAAGAUGCUGAUGGCAGGCCCACCCUCUACAUCCUGGCACUGGAGAACCAGCUAGCCAUGGCUGAGUACUUCCUGGACAGUGGAGCGGAUGCGGAGGCCAGGGAUCCUGAGGGGAGGACGGCCCUCCACGUCUCAUGCUGGCUGGGGCACCUGGAGAUGGUACGACUCUUGGUGGGGCGUCGUGCCGACGUCAACUCCUGUGACAAUGAGAGGCGCUCUGCUCUACAGUCGGCCGCCUGGCAGGGCCACGCCCAUGUGGUCCAGCACCUCAUCGACAGCGGCGCCAGGGUCGACCACACCUGCAACCAGGGAGCCACGGCACUGGGCAUCGCAGCCCAGGAGGGCCACCUGGACGCGGUGCGGAUCCUUCUGGAACACGCGGCUGACCCCAACCACGCCGACCAGUUCGGGCGCACGGCCAUGCGGGUGGCCGCCAAGGGCGGGCAUGGUCAGAUCAUCAAGCUCCUGGAAAAGUAUGGGGCAUCUGCAGUCGUCAACGGGUGCAGCCCAUCCCCAGUCCACGCCCCGGACGAGCGGCAGCCCGUGAGCGCGGCAGGGAAACUGCAGUCGCUUGCUGCCAAGUCCAACAGCUCCAGCAGCACAGGAGGCGCUAACAAUGGGCCAGCCCACGCCUUCAGCUCGCCCUCCGAGUCGCCCGACUCAACGGUUGACCGGCACAAGUCCUCCCUCUCCAACAACUCCCUCAAGAGCUCCAAGAACUCGUCCCUGCGCACCACCUCCUCCACGGCCACCGCCCAAACAGUGCCCAUGGACAGCUUCCACGGCCUCAGCUUCACAGAGCAGAUCCAGCAGCACUCCCUCCCGCGGAGCAGGAGCCGCCAGUCCAUCAUAGUCUCCCCCACCUCCACCGGCCGCUCCCUCGGCCCGCAGCAUCCACCCCCUGCCCCCUCCUCCCCCCCCUCUGCCGAAUUCGAGUGGGGCCAGAUCAAGCCCAGCCUGAGGUCCACCAAAGCGGGCAAAGCAGGACUAGGGGUUUCCAACGGAUCUUCCGGCAAGGGAAUAGGAGGAGGAGGAGGCUCCGGGGAGAGGAAGAAGCCCAAAAAUGCAGGGUCAUCCUCACAGGGACAGGUCCUGGAGUAUGAGAUGACCCAGUUUGACAAGAGGAUCGCGCUGGGCAAGCCGGUGUCAGGGCCGGGCGUGUGCGUAGGGGGACUGAAGGACCCGCCCUGCAAGUUGGCAGGCCAGUCCUCAGCUGCCCACCAGCAGUUCCUCAUCCAACAGCAAGGGGCUGCCGAGAAGAAAAGGAACGGCAUCAUGACCAACCCCAACUACCACCUGCAGGGCAACCAGGUGUUCCUGGGGAGGGUGUCUGUGCCCAGGACUGUUCAGGACAGGGGGCACCAGGACGUGCUAGAAGGCUAUCCCAUCGGCGAGACAGAACUGAGCCUCAAGCAGGCCCUCAAGCUGCAGAUUGAAGGAUCGGACCCCGCAUUUAACUAUAAGAAGGAGACCCCAUUAUAGCUGAUGUCAUCGAUGGUGUCCAUCAUCCAGACAUCGGUAAGAAGAAUGUGCCAAAGCAAGCUCCUUUCGUCCGCUUCAUUUACCGAACACGGUUCCACACGCUCUUCUGCACGGAACCUUUGGAACAUGCCCGAUGCCUGGGGGAAGAAUGUGGCCAGCGCACAAGAAGUCCCUCCCUCCCUCCCCACAGACUGAUACUGCAGUGUGCCUACAUCUGUGAUGGCCUUUUCUCUCUAUCCUGCACGCUACCCUUUUAUUUAAUUAUUCAUAUUUAAUAUGCAGAGUAUGCACUUUUUUGGGGAAUUAAAGUUUUGUUUUCAUUUCCUCACAUUUUUAUUGUUUGUUUCCUAACAAGCAACUUGUUUUUUUAUGUAAAUGUUACAAUGUUUAAGUUGUUAAAAGUUUAUAUGUUUGCCUAUUUUUUUUUAUUUUUUUAUGUGCCUUUUUUAAAUAUGCGUGUUAAAUAAUUGUCCUGCCUGCUCGUUUGGGACAAUCUAUUGAGAGGAACGCUGCCACGCCUUCAUGUUAAAUAUCAAGAUAUUGUAUGACAUGGGGUACCUCUGCCCGCAUCAACGCUCUGCUUUCCUCCGACACCCCAAAACUCUGUGUUAAGCUGGAAACACAGAUAGUUUCAGUGUGCUCAACAUCUUGUGUGUGAUAUGUUAAUUGCAAUGCUAAGUUACAAUGUGGGUAUAAUCAAAGCAUAUUUAUUAUGGAAAAAGCCACUUUUUUCGUUUUGUAUUAUAUGUUAAACCAUGGUGCUGUCUUCUUAUGUCGACUGCAGUUUGGGUGGAUUCCCCUGUGAGUGUGCUUACAUCAUUUGUUUGUUUUGUGUAUCUGAGUAUUACUGGAGUGUUCGAGAGAGAACGGAGUGUUUUAAUUCAACAUUGAAAAGUGGCGUGCAUUCAUUUUUUUCCCCUUGUGGGACCUUCCUACCUUCCUUCAUCAAGUUUGUGCUAAAGAUUGUUUUUAAAAUGGCAAAACAAGAGUAACACAGAGUUCUGCAGAGUUUGGUGCUAAAUGCGUAAGUUCUCCCUCCCCCAGUGUACUGUAGUCACACUAUGUGGACAGCACAUUUUUGUGGCCUAUGCCACAAGCUUUUCUCUCCCGCUUUCUUCACCCCCCACCCCCACCAAAAAUAACUGACUUUCCCUCUAAAUCAUUGCUUCGAAAUGUUUCACAUUUUGGGGCAGCUUGUGCCGAGAGGAAAAUGUUGGCGUUUGAAGAUCGGUGGUUCCCUGGUCCACAGACAGUGUCGCUCCAUUAAGGGGGGGGGGGGGGGGUUAGGAGGAGUGGAACAGAGUCGUAAUGUAUACACAGCUACAUUUAAUUAAGGUCACACGAGGCAUUCUCUUUGAGAAAGGAUGUGAACUGAAGGGAUUUUUUUUAUUUAACUUUUUAUUCUCCUAUGUUUCUCCUUCCUUUUUUAUUUUCUGCACGGGUACGGAAGCAGAAGCAACAUGGAAAGUGCUAAGGGCUCUUUGAAGACUUGUUCUGGACAGUAUUCACCCUUCUUUAGCCAUUUUGGUCACUCAGCUUUUUUUUUUUGGUCCCACUUGCUCAGAAAGUGUUUUAUCCGGUCAUGUUUCCGAAUUUCUGUUAAGCCAUUAGUUGUAAAUAGCUUACAGUGUACAUUGAACUGCUAAAUUUAAAUUCUUAUUUCUUGUAUUAUACUGAGCUAAAAUUCCUGAUGUAUAUUAAAGUGCUUAAUAAAUAUAUUUGCUUUACUGCAGGAAUAAUGACAAAUGUUCUUAUUCCAUUAUUGUA